GGAAACAAUGCAAUCAUCCUGGUGAACCUGUGAAUGGAAAAAUUAUUUCCCUAACAGAUCUCCUGUUUGGGUCAACAGUGUUCUACGGCUGUGAAGAAGGGCACAGGUUAAUUGGACAACCGAGCAGACGAUGUGAGAUUUCUGAUGGACGUGUUGCAUGGAGUGGCAACAUUCCCACUUGUCAGCGUAUCCCUUGUAAGCCACCUCCGGACAUUCCCAAUGGGAAGCACACGGGCAGGCUGCUGCACGAAUUCCACUUUGGCACAUCUGUAACAUACACCUGCAACCCCGGGUACCCGCUCCAUGGAGAGCCCUCCAUCUACUGCACCACCCACGAUGGGAAAAAUGGCGUGUGGAGCGGGCCCCCCCCGCAGUGUGGAGAGGCAAGAUGUCCUGUCCCACAGGUCCAGAAUGGGAGAAUAGUGUCUCCUAGGACUGCCUACACACACAAGGACACCGCUGCCUUUGAGUCUGGCUGCAAUGCACCUACAAGACUGGCGUUUGCUGAGCUGAAGGAGCCAUACAGCAACCAGGCCAUCUUUACCGUGGGGAGGACGGUGGAAUACGUGUGCCGGCCGGGGUACGCCCAGCGCCUGGGGAUGCCGCCGGCCAUCACAUGCCUCAGGAAUCAGACAUGGUCUGCGGCGCUGGAGUUCUGUACAAGGAAACAAUGUGCUAUCCCGGGGGAUCUGGAGAACGGCAGAGCUGUUGUCCUGACGGACCUCCUCUUCGGGUCCAAAGUGAAUUACACUUGUGACAAGGGGUAA